CGGUAUCACCGUCGCACAUCCAUUCCCGUCAGUAGGGCUGCAGCUCAGAGUUGACAAGCAACCCCUCCUACUCCCCACCAUCCGUAUACGAACAUCCUAGACGUCGGGGCAUUAUCGCAGCCAUGAGCAAGUACGGCGUGAUGGUGAUGGGCCCCGCGGGGGCGGGAAAGUCCACCUUUUGCGCGUCGCUCAUCACACAUCUCCAACUCAACCGGCGCUCUGCCUUCUACGUGAACCUCGAUCCCGCCGCCGAAUCCUUCGAACACACCCCCGAUCUCGACAUCAAGGACCUGAUAUCGCUGGAGGAUGUGAUGGACGAGAUGAAGCUCGGUCCCAACGGCGGCCUGAUCUACUGCUUCGAGUUCCUCAUGGAGAACCUCGACUUCCUUACCGAGGCGCUCGACUCGCUGACGGAGGAGUACCUCAUCAUCUUCGACAUGCCGGGUCAGAUCGAGCUCUACACGCAUAUUCCCAUCCUUCCCACCCUCGUCAAGUUCCUCACAACACCCGGCGCCCUGGACAUCCGAUUGUGCGCUGCAUACCUGCUGGAAGCCACCUUUGUCGUCGAUCGUGCGAAAUACUUUGCGGGCUCCUUGAGCGCAAUGAGUGCCAUGAUCAUGCUGGAAGUCCCGCACAUCAACAUCCUCAGCAAGAUGGACCUGGUCAAGAAUCAAGUGAGGAAGAAGGACCUCAAGAAGUUUAUCACCCCGGAUACCUCGUUGCUUCUGGACGAUCCGGCAGACCUUGCCAGGAGAAAGGCCGGCGAGGACACCUCGGAUGACCAGUACGCCGAUCCCCAGGAUAAGAACGCCAUGAUGUCUGGCGCCACGUUCAAGCGCCUCAACACAGCUGUUGCGCAACUGCUUGAGACCUUCAGCAUGGUCAGCUACCUCAAGCUAGACAGCACCGAUGAGGACAGUGUCAGUGCGAUUCUCAGCUACAUUGAUGACUGUAUACAAUACCACGAAGCCCAAGAACCACGGGAGCUGAAGGACGAAGAGUUCGACGAGUCUGAGGAAUAGUUGGAAAGAGGAACGAUGAGGAGGGCUUGGAAAGGAGAGAGUAUCCAGACUGCAACUGAAGCGCACAUGGAUAUGUAAUUACCACAGGGGUAAAAUGUAUAGGGAUUCUGCAUAGCGACGGCGU